AUGAAAGAAAUUCAAGAAGAAAAUGAAGUGAACGAAAUGAAUUUGAAAGAUCUAAAAGAAAAAUUAAGAGAAAUCACAAAGGAGUUCAACGAUUCAUCGGAAAUCUUUCUUAAACAAGGUUCGCAAACAUUUAUCAAAAGAAUCUCAGUGAAAUCAACAAGAAAAUCAAACUUGAAGAAAUGGAAACAAAGUGGAUCAACAAUCUGUGGAGGAAAUGGAAGAGGAGACAAAUUAAAUCAACUUUCAUAUCCUGGUGGAAUAUUUAUCGACAAACAUCGAAAUAUUUUCAUUGCGGAUUGGGGGAAUGAUCGAAUUGUUCGAUGGAAAAGAAAUGAAAAUCAAGGAACAGUUGUGGCUGGUGGAAAUGGAAAAGGAAACAGUUUGAAUCAAUUGAAUGAGCCAACGGAUGUGAUUUUUGAUGAACAAAAUAAUUCAAUCAUCAUUGCUGAUUUCGGAAAUCGACGAGUAAUGCGAUGGUUUUUGAACACAAAUCAGUCGGAGAUUCUCAUUCACAAUAUUAGCUGUUGGCGGUUAACAAUGGAUAAAUUUGGAUUUGUUUAUGUUUCUGAUCGUGAGAAACAUGAAGUGAGAAGAUGGAAAAAGGGAGAAAAGGGUGAAGGAACAUUAGUUGCUGGUGGAAAUGGAAAAGGAGAUCAACUCAAUCAGUUCAACGUUCCAACCUCUCUGUUUGUCGAUGACAAACAAUCAAUUUAUGUUUCAGAUCUUGGGAAUCAUCGUGUGAUGAAAUGGAGAAAAGAUGCGCAGGAAGGAAUUGUUGUUGCUGGUGGAAAUGGAAAAGGAGAGAAUCUGAAUCAAUUAAAUUGUCCUGAAGGAAUCAUUGUUGAUCAUGAGGGUCAAAUUUAUGUUGCAGAUAUAUACAAUCACCGAAUAGUGCGAUGGUGUGAAGGAGAUGAAAACGGUGAAAUAAUUGUUGGUGGAAAUGGUCAAGGAAAUGAACCGAAUCAAUUGUCUUAUCCUCGUGGUUUAUCAUUUGAUGGUGAAGGAAAUCUUUAUGUUGGUGAUUUAGAAAAUUAUAGAAUCCAGAAAUUCGGUCUAAUUAGUUGGAAAAGGCUGAAUGUAGAAUACAUUUUAUAA